AACAACCCUUUCCAAUCAAUCGUGCGUCGAACGUUCCGGAGUUCGGUUAGUAUCCGGUAUUUGCGUGUCACAGAAUUUGAUCGAAUGCAAUGCGAAUCUGUUAGUGUCAUCGAAAGUGAACAGUUUAGACUCCCAGGGGCACAAAUUAGCACACACCAUCGUGGAUGUCAUCGGUUGCAGAGAAACAAACUUUCGGACAAAUCCCAUUCUAAUCUAAUCACUGGGCAUGCACGAGAACUUGAAAGCGAAUGUGCGCAACGGUUUUCGCACUGACUUGAUUUGUGUAUGUGUGCAUUAUUCAUUGAACAACAGUCCGCAGAGAGAGAUGGGCAAACAAUAGUAUCAAAUAAAUAGAAACAAGAGCUCAUUGAAGUGUAGUAACAACAGAAGCGGCAUCAGCAGGAGAAGAAGCGACUCCUACUUUGAGGAAAGUGAACAAGUGUGAAAGCGAGUUCAAACAAAGCUUUUUUUUUUUGAAUCAAUUGUAAGCGUAAGAAACUGGAAAGCGGAAGUACAACAAAAAAGAAGUGGACCAUCAUCACGGAUGAGGAAACAUGAACGAACGCUGGAGAACAAUGUUCAUUCUACUGCUCGCGUUGUUAGCCACACUGACCUUCGCCCAGAAUCCACCCGGCCAGUGGCAGAAGCCCUACUUCAUUUCGAUGAUUCCGGAGAAAAUUACCGUCGGUGAGUACGAUUCGGUGGUUCGUGAGCAGCCCAUUUCGAUGUGGGAGGAGAUAGACUAUCCGUACAAGAUGGUUCAACUGAACUAUCAGGGAAGCGAUAUUCAGAUUCGCUUACAGCCUGCACAUCUUGGCGCACAACUGGAACGGACGGACGAUAAAUGGUACAUUACCAUAACCAAUCGGUUGGAUUACGAGCAGUUGGCUCAUCGAAUGUCGAUGCUGGUGUUGGUGGUAGAGGGAGACGUGAAACAAACCAUUUCCGUGCCGAUACAACUGGUCAACAUUCUGGAUAAUGUCCCUGUUAUGUUUUCGGAGGGGCCCUGUGAUGUGGAGGAACACCGGACAGACUUUCUGUCAAAUUGUAGCUACACUGUGAACCACAAGGAUGGGUUCAUCCCGAACGAGAUUGAGGGAAAGUACACGAAUCGCUUGGAGUUUGUGAUUCCGGAAGCGGAAUCACAAUUUUUCGUACUGGCAGAAACGGAACAACCGGAUAGUUACAACAAGAAGUUUAGACUGCGAGUUUUGAAGGCACUGGACUAUACUCAGCAGGCGCUUUUCAACUUCCCAACCACGGUUUAUGACCUGAACCGGACGCACAAUUUCACGAUGAACCUUGUCGUGCAGGUACGGAAUGUCGAGAGUCGUUCACCGAUCUUCACUCGCCCCUUCACGACCCAACGUAUUCUGGAGAAAACAGCCUACGAAACGCUUGUGACGGCCAUCGACGGGGACACCGGACUCAACCAACCUGUCUGCUAUGAUCUUCGCACUCAGAAUGAAACGCAUGCAAAAUAUUUCCAAAUCGAUCCGGACGAAACCGGCAAGAACGGUGUGCUGAAGGUGGCUCCCAUCAAUCGCGAUGCGGAGAAGAAUGAGUUUUAUCAAUUCACGAUUUUUGCCUACAAAUGUCACAACCGGGAUUUCAUUGUUAGCAGUGACGCGGCCAUCAUUUUGGACGAUAUUAACGAUAACAUCCCAGUGUUCGAUGUCGAACCUAGACGGCUGGCGUUUUGGGAGAAUACACUGAUGGAGUUGCCCUUCGAGAAGUUCAAUGUCGAGGAUAUCGAUUUGGGUAUCCACGCGACGUACGACUUGAGCCUGCGGGAGAACGUUUCCAACACACUUCUGCCGGAGGCUGACUCAUUCUCCAUCAUCCCCAAAAGUGGCUACCAGCUGUCCACCUUCACGCUAACAAUUGUAAACACAUCCAAACUGGACUACGAGCUACCCGAGCGGCAGCAGUUUGAGCUGAUUGCAACGGCUACGGAAGUAGCGGAGGCGAGUCACUCCAGCCGGCAGGUUGUCACAAUCGAGCUGCUCAACUGGAACGACGAGGUGCCGGCGUUCGAUAAAGAAACGUACGAAAUCAGCAUCGAGGAGACCAUAGGAAAGGACGAGAAACUAGUGACGGUUCAUAUCACCGAUCGGGAUGUAGACGAUAGCGUUGAUCUGAAGAUUCUAAGCCGAAUUGGCGAUGAUCUAAAUGUUAUACGAUUGAAUAACUCGGAUGAAAUGCAAGCAGCGGUACCCACGUUUAGUUUCCAGAUCAGAACGGGGCGUGACGAGAUCUUCGAUUGGGAUGUAGCUACCGAAGUGCUCGUCCAACUUCAGGCUACCGAUACGCUGCAGACCGACAAGCACGAACCUCUGCAUCAAGUUUACGCUCAGGUUGUUAUUACUGUGUUAGACGUAAAUAACAAACCGCCCUCCAUUACCCUGCCGCGGGGAAGAAUUCACAUAGCGGAAAAUUCGGAACCGAAUACGGCGGCUACUAUUGGGGACGAGGAAGCGAUCAUCAUUGGAACGGACCCCGACACCACGGCAGAUCUGGAAUUCAGUAUCGACUGGAAGGCAACGUAUGGAGUUAAAGCCGGCGUUCCGGUCACGGACAUAUUCGAAGACUGUUUGGUCUUCGACGUCGACGCAACCAAUCCAAACCGAGUCUUGGCACGGAUAAGGGUUAACCCCGAACUCGAUCAAGAGACAAUCAAUAAACGACUGGACUACGAAGCCUACGAAACGUUAUUCCUCACAGUGCGAUUGGUGGAUAAAGCACAGGUUAUUCCACCGAAUGACACGGAGGCGAUCGUGGUGCUCCAGAUAGACGACGUUAAUGAUAAUCCGCCCAUCUUCAUCGACGGAACACUGGAAGUAGAACGAUUUGUUAUGGAGGAGGCGGAAACGGGUACAAUCGUUGGUAGCAUCUCCGCCAUUGAUAUUGAUGGACCGGAGUUCAACAAAAUUUACUACUCAAUUGCUGCAAAAAAUCCCGAUCAAGAAGGUCUGAUUUCUAUCGAUCCUAUGGGAAUGUUGUUUGUGAACGCCACGAAGCUGAAAAUAGGAUGCGACGUCCCAAUCACCUAUGACAUUCCACUUCUGAUCACCCUCACUGAUGGACUGUUUGUCACCAACGGAUCGAUCAAGAUAAACAUAACGGAUACAAACAAUAAAUUCCCCACCUUCAAAGCGGUUCCCUCUGAGGUGAAAAUCUUCGAGAAAUCCUCCUCCGGCACCGAGAUCGUGCGCCUCGAGGUGGACGAUCUGGAUCGAGACGAAGUGUUCCACACGGUAGCCUUCGAGAUCGACUUAAUGACGUUCCCCGAUUUGCAGAACUAUUUCGAGGUGAACAGGCUGGCCAACAACUCGGGCGAGCGUCUCCAGCAGACGGGGGUUGUGUUUGUGAAGGAAAAUAAUCGUAUCCUUGAUCGCGACAGUGGUACGGAUCGUUUCACGAUCACGGUGAAAGUACGGGACAACCCGAACAGCUCGGGACGAAGAAAUACGGAGCAGUCUAGUUUCACGCUGAUACUGCUGGACAUCAACGAUCAGCAACCGGUGAUGCCACAGCUGGAGGGUUUGAAAGUGAGCGAAGAUGCUCAUGAAAACGAUGUGAUUCUGCAACAUUUCGAAGCAACUGACCGAGAUGACCGCAACACGCCAAACGCUAAGAUUCACUAUAGGAUUGAACACAUUACGGCAGCCGGAGGAAAUUCCCCCGGGCUGGAAGCAGACCCAGAGCGCAUCGGAACACUGUUUAAGCUGCAGCCUGUAGACGAGUAUGUGUCCCGGCUGGAAGUUGGACACACUUUGAAAGGUUUCUAUGGGAGCUGGUCCGUUGAGAUUGAGGCUUGCGAUCGGGGAAACGAGUAUGAAUUAAUUAAGGAUAGUCCUCGGUGGUGCAGUAGUGCCACCUACUUGAUCCUGGUGGAACCCGUCAACUAUAUGGCACCAGUGAUAGUUUUCCCCAGAGAUGACGAACGAAUUCGACUCAGUUUCGAGUCGUUGGCGAAUGGAAAACCACUCCUGAACACUCAAGGUGAGACGAUUCCACAUUUUGGCGCACACGAUACGGACGGGGGCGACUUCGGUGUGGUAACAUUCUACCUUCAGAGUCAAGAUCCGUUUAGCCAGGACCAUACCUACUUCCAGCUGAACCCAGUUGACAAGCACCAUGCACAGCUGGUGUUGGCUCAAGCAGACGCUAUCGGUACGAAAUCUUAUCGGGUCACGGUGCACGCGAGAGAUGGUGGAAAUUUGUCCGCCGAACCGGUGGAUGUGGUUAUCGCCUUCAUAAACAUGACCGGCGAACCGGAGUUCCACCACGGAGAUUUGCCCUUCGAAACGGAUUUCACAGAAAACGAGGACGGGAUGUUGGAGGAACGGAUUAUCCCAGCGGCAAUCGAUCCGAAAAACGCUGAAUUACCGCCCGAUGAGCAAAAAGCUAUAUUCUAUUUCAUCGAUGUUUCCUACGGCAACGCCAGUCAUCUGUUCCAGCUGAACGAAGAGACCCGCAUCCUGAGGCUCACGCAGGAGCUGGAUCGCGAGGAAAUUCCAUCGCACGAGAUCCGUGUCAUAGCCACCAACAACAUCAACGGACCCACGGGUCCCGUUCCGGCGGACUCGCGCUCACUUCUGAUCGUCCGCAUCAAGGUGAACGAUGUGAACGACAAUCCGCCUGUAUUUAGACAACGCUCGUACUCAGCCGGUAUUACCACGAAUGAUUACAAGGGCAAGAUCCUGUUCGUGGUGAUAGCGGACGAUCCGGACGAGGAUGACGUGGUGAGCUAUACGAUUGAGGAGGGCUCGCUAGAAGUGCACGGGGAAAACUUGCCCACCGUGCCAUUCCCCUUUGAGCUUGCCUCCGACAGCGGACAGUUAUCACUGGCGGUGGAGAUAAAGGACCGGAUGAAUGGAUUCUACACGUUUACAAUCGUGGCCAGGGAUCUUGUUUUUCACAAUGACACCGUGCCAGCGAAGAUUUAUCUUAUUGUCGAAUCCAACCGGGUCAAAUUUGUCUUCGUGAAUCCGGUCGAAGAUAUAAACACGCCGGAAAUGAGAAGUUUUCUGGAAAGUCAGUUCAGUGCACAUUACGAGUUGGAGUGCAAUAUCGAUGAUGUGGUCCGCGGAUCGAUUGAUGGCGAUGGGCGAGCAGCCGGGGAUAUGCUGUCCGAUGUGAGGGCACAUUUCAUUCGCGAUAAUGAAGCCGUGGAAGCGAUUGAAAUACAGCAACGAUCCAACGACCGCGUCUUUGUGGCGAACCUGAAAAGAGCCCUUUCCGAGAAGCAAUUGCUCCUGCAAGACGUACCAGUUACGAGUGUCGAAUUUCUCGAAACGAAGAGUGAAAUUCUUCAGAUUAUUCUAAUUGUGAUUGCUUCCGCGCUGGCAUUGAUCUGUGUCAUAAUGCUGGUGGCUUUCUGCAUGAAAAUGCGCAGCAUGAAUCGACAGCUGAAGGCGUUGUCGACCGAUUUUGGUUCCAUCGCGUCCGACCUCAAUGGCGGCCGUAAGGUUCCCACGACCAACAUUUUCUCUGUCGAGGGCUCUAAUCCUGUACUUACGGAUAAAGAGUUUCUAAAAGGAGCAUUCGAUGACGUCAGUGUGCAAUCGUACGAAUCCGAUUUUGUGGGCAUCGACAACGACAUGUUCACGAAUAAGAAAAGGGAAAGCUUGAACCCAGCACUGGUCGAUCACGUCAGACAGAGGUCGUUAAAUCCAAUGGCGAAUCGUGAAGAGGCUAGCACCAGUAAAGCCGAACCCAAAGCGGCGGAAAAUAAUGACGAGCUGUCGUAUCGGUUUUGAUCCGCUGGGAAAAAAUAACCCAGAAGGUUCACUCAUAUUUGGCGCUCUCCUAGGUUUAUUUGUUUGGGUUGUUCCGUAUCAUACUACGCUUGAUAUAUAACUCUCACUAUAGUUUGUGUUUCAACAGAUGAGCGGUGAAAUUGAUAAAUGACUUCAUAACAUCUAUUUUUACGAUAUAUAUAAAUAUUUAUACCGAGAAAGACAAUUUGUGUUAACUGUACACUUAGGACAUAAAAUAAAAUUGGCAAUACGUUUGGAUGACACUUCA